GUUUUUUUUGCCUCCUCAGCACUUUCUGCAGGGGGAGCCAGCGCCUGACCGCGGCCGGGCCGACAGGAGGCGCAGUCGGACGGCACAGAUCCGCUUCCAGCCUGUGAGUCGUGGACGGACCGUGUCGGUGUGAAGAGUAAAGGAGGUGGAAGGUUUCAAGCAACUCAACCAACUGACAGAAGGAAAGUUUCUUUUGACCAUCAUCAUCAUCAUCAUCAUCAUCAUCAUCAACAGCUACAGUGAAUAGGAGUGGGGUGACAUCAGCUUCCCCCCCUUUUCUCUUUAGAUCACUGCUUCCUCCUGGAACACACCACUAAUGUCAGCAGAGAGUAUGGAGACAAAGAGUGUGUCCAAUGGAGCGGGGCCUGUGUAUGAAGACAAAGAGGACAGCCUCAGUCCUGAAGACCUGUCUGAGGUGCUGGCAGCGGGGACCAAAGAGGUCCAUGAAAAGGCGGAGAACACCCAGUUUGUGAAGGAUUUCCUGAGGGGACGAAUCCGCAAAGAGCUCUUCAAGCUCGGCGCUGUGGCUCUUUACUACACCUACAAGGCCAUGGAGGAGGAGAUCGAAAGGAACAAGGAUCACCCCCACUUUGCCCCGCUUUAUUUUCCUGCAGAGUUGAAUCGCCAUGAAGCUCUGGCCCGUGACCUUGAGUAUUUUUAUGGUCCAGAAUGGCAGAGCCAGGUCAGCUGCUCCCAGGCCACCCAGCACUAUGUGGACCGUAUCCACCAUGUGGGACAGGAGGACCCAGUGCUGCUGGUGUCCCACGCCUACACCCGUUACAUGGGGGACCUGUCUGGGGGCCAGGUGCUGAAGAAAGUCGCGCAGAGGGCCUUAAAGCUUCCUCCCACAGGAGAGGGCCUGGAGUUCUAUCAGUUUGAUGCCAUCCACAGUGCCAAAGCUUUCAAGCAGCUGUACCGCAGCCGAAUGAAUGAGCUGGAACUAGACGCGGAAACGAAGAAGAGGCUCGUGGGGGAGGCUGUGAAAGCCUUCAACUUCAACAUGGAGGUGUUCGAGGAGUUGGAAGAGAUGGGGAAAACCAUCCAGGAGGAUGUUUUAGAUGCUGGCUUGCCUGUCCACGGAGCAACGGGUGGUGACAUCAGCAAAUGUCCCUACUAUGCUGCCAAAAUGACGGCGUCGAGUGGAACGGCAUAUGCCUGUCAACUCGCCAUGGCCGUACUCCGACACCCAACAGGACAGGUUCUGUUGGCGACUUGGAUUGCUGCUCUGGCUGGAUUCGCUGCAUGGUAUCUGAUGUGAUCCCGCCUCCAGCCUGUCAUUUUGCUGCUGAGAGAGAGAGAGGGAGAGGGAGAGGGAGGAGAAACAUUGAGGGAAGGCGAAUAAGGAGAUUGAGACCAUUUCAUAGCUUAAUACAAACAUUCUUUAGGGGUCCAAGUUAAUUUAAUAUUGCACAUUGCUAAAGAGGGAAGCUGACAGGAAAUAUCCUUGGAUCUUUGGAGGAUUUAUUGGACUAUUAGCACAUCAUCUCCAUCCAUCUCUCAUACUAUGCCUUGAUGUGUCCCUUCAGUGUCUGGUCGUACCUCAAAACCUUCUGGAGCUGCUUGCUGAUUUGAGCACAAAAGCACAUAGUGUGAAUAGUUCGAUUUUGCAUGAAAUGACUUUUUGAUGGGACCCAUUUAUAAACUGUAACUGGCUAUACAGCUGACAAUGAUGCACCUAUUAAUGUUAAAACAUACUAUGCAGAGGCUGUGCAUAGAAAAGCACAAAUUUGAUUGAAAAAUUAAAAUUUAAAAUUAAGUUUGGUUAAAAUGCAACAGUGCUUUAUUAAAAUGUAUUGUGUAAACGUCCCCGUACACAUUGAUGACGGUUCCAAACAUAAUAUGAAAAUACAAUACACUGUUACACAAGUUCUGUUCUUUUUUUUAAAUCCAUUCUCACAUUUCGUUAUUCAUACUUGGCCUCCAGAAAGUUAGCACAUGUGCACAGACAAGUGAUGGGAAUCAGAAGCUGUUUUUCAAGAUAUAGCACACCUACACUUUGACAAGUGCAUGUUUUAUUAAAACUAUUUCAGAUAAUUGAAUGUCUACUGAUGCAUGUUGAAAUGAUUUAAUUCUCUGCUUUGGUUUUUUAACCUAUAUUAGGAUUAAGGUGUGAACAGAGACAGUUUCUCUGUUUGAGAAGGAAAUUCUCUUCUUCUAAUAUUAAUGGUUUAUCUACAUUCUUCUAAUAGACCUGUAGUUUAUCUACAUGACGGUUAAUUAUGUAAGAGGUAGGUCUUUUAACAGCUCAUUUGUUUUGGAUACACAAGUAUCUACCAUCGCUACAACUGUGUACCCAUCAUCCAUAUUGUGUUGUGUAUGACUUUGAAGGAAGUUUUGUCCUGUUAGUACAAAACUUUUGUGUCGCUUGUACUGUAUGCAGUGUAAUUCAUUUUAAUUUUCACCCUGACACAUUCAUGACAUUUUAUUGAAUUUGCGUUGUCUUUUCCAUGCUUUCUGGACUUGUUGCACACAGAGUACCAAAGGAGAUGUGUUGAUAAUAACGUUUAAACCAGGAUGCUGUGCUCUCAACGCAUACUGCAUGUGACUAUGCAGUAUUCUUUCAUUGGCAGAGCUCAUUCAGGACAACAGCUGGAGUGCAGCUGUUUGGUCACAGCCAUGAAAACCUAAGUAAUGAUACUGCUGUGUUAUGUGUUCUAGUUUCUCAGGUUCAUGCUGCAGAAAGAUGACAAUAUAGUAUGUUGGGUAUGGACUGCCUGAUAUACCCCUGUAGUGUCCAUGUUUAAUUCAUUUUCAUGCCAGUGUUUUGUGUCAAAAUGCUAUAAGUGUUUUUGGAAAUACAGAAGGGACACGUACUUGAAUUUCAGGGACGCAGGUUGAUUAAAACUUGGUGUUACGUGGGGAGGACUAAUUUGUGUUGAUUUUGAAUUCUCUUGCAUUUUCAUUAACCCCAGUUCUUAUAUCCCUUUGUUUGUCUAACUGAACAGAGCUUUAUUAGUAACUGCCAAGAUAGAGUAACCUUCAUUGUAUGAGAGUGAAUAUCCAGUAGUAUGUUGUGCUGCCAACGGUGAAAUGAAACUCCUUUUUUUUCUGUUCAUGCUGAAAUAAAGUGGAUUCACUUGG